AUCCUUGGCAUCGUUGGCUGACACCCCGACUCCUUCAAGUCCAAGGCACGCACCACCUCGAUGCCUGUCGCCGCUUCUGAUGCCGCCAAGGCGGAUAGACCGCAGCAACUCCUUAGUAGAAAGCAGCAGUGGAGUAGGUCCAUUGAGCCCUGGGGCCAGCGCAGCCAUCAGCUCGCUAGGAGCCCUGCAGCCAGACCUCUACACCAAGCGCGAGGCACCCCUUGUGAUAGAAUUGGAAGGAGCCGGCCCAUCCCUUGGCAGGAUCCACUUACGCCUGAAGUACGACUUCGAUAGAUCGGAUUUGGAAGUGCAUCUUAUUGAAGCUCAUGAUUUGGCGGGCUACGAGGCUGGGGGUUUCAACGACCCCUACGUGCGAGUCACCUUACUCCCCGAAGUGGACACUCGAGUCCGUCAGACCCCGGUGCAUCGGAACGAAGCCAAUCCAUUCUUUGACCAGCACUUCAAGUUCCCCGUGUCGCAUGAUGAGCUGUCUGAUAAGACAUUGCUGCUGCAAGUUUUUGAUUAUGACAGAUUCUCUCGGAAUGAGGUGAUGGGCUCCGCGAAGGUGCCACUCUCCCGCGUCGAAGUAGCCGGAGGUGCCGAAGUGUGGGCCGAACUAUCCCGAGAGCGGCGUCCACCAGAGGAGCUGCAAGAACUGUUGUUGUCUCUUUCUUACCUACCGUCGGCUGAGCGACUUACUGUCGUCGUGUUGAAAGCUAGGAAUCUGUUGCCACCUCAGGAGGGGAAAGAUGCUUUAGAUGUGUAUGUAAAAGUAUACUUGCUGGUGAAUGGAAAACGUGUGAAAAAGAAGAAGACUAACAGAAAAGAGAUCAACAACCCCGUGUGGAACGAGGCCUUGUCGUUCAGCCUGCCGUCUGCUAACCUUCAGGAGGCUUCCAUUGAGGUUUGCGUGGUGAGCGGGGGUGGCAGCGGGCUGGUGGUGGGGUGGUGCUGCGUGGGCGCGGCCGAGCCCGCCGCGGAGGGCCGCCACUGGGCACAGAUGGCGCACGAGACGCGCAAGGCCGUCGCCAUGUGGCACACCCUCAGAUAGACUCCCACCGAGCACUCUCAUUCACUCGUCUAGUUUAUCCCGGACCGAUGCAAUACUAAUCCUUCUGUAGAUACUGUUCACUGUUGUCUAGUUAAUGCAGCGACGUCCACCAGUAAGACGGGACCUGUAUAAUAAAGUUUAUGGUCCAUUUGUCAGUGAAAAUAAAACAUGGUUUGAGAAUGCAAAACUUAGUCUGCCGUGUGCUUUGUGGGAUUCAGUUUUGUUUUAUUUUCACAGACAUAAACUAGGUUCCACAUUAUCUAAGGCUCGUCUUAUAAGUAUUCCGUGGGCACAGGUCAAAAGACCGCCCCUCCCCUUUUAGCUGUAAUGACGUCACUGCUGUACCAUUUACUGUGUAACUUGUCUGUAUCAACUGUUGUAGAGAUUUCCUUGUUACAGCAUGCCUAAUCUAUACUUACAUUACCUAACUGUACACUAUACUACCUAUGUAUUUCACCGCAGAGCCUCAGUUUGCUCAAAGGAACAAUAUAUAAAAUGUUGUCAUUAUCAUAUUUUAUCACUGUUUAGAGCAAAUGUGUCUGAUAUUCAAUAGAUAGUAGCUUCACAAGUUCGUGUUUCGAAUAUCGCAAUAGUUGUACUUACGUCACUUUAGUCAUUGAUAUAAAGUGUUAUUGAUAUGAAGUUUCGCUACACGGAGCACUGAACGUAGGUUACUUCUGUUAGCUUUAUCGCUCUUUGAUAAACUGGCGAGAAGUCAUGUGAGCGAAGGUUAAGUCUGUCUCAAAGAGAUGGUGAUGACGUGUAAUAAUCCCUUUAUCAAGACUUAUACUUGUAUUACACUCCCUGCCUUCCUAACUGUCCAGUCUCAACUGUGGGCUCCAACCUCCACCUCAUUCUUAUAACGACAAAUUAUUUAUCUUGUUAAACUUUACAAAAAUAUAACAGACCUUAUUAUAUUCGAGGUAAUAAAUAUAUUGAGCUUUUGAAACACCAAACAAAUAUGAAAUCUUAUGAAUUUAUAGAAAUUUUAUAUGGAAAAUGUUAAUUUUUGAAAAUAAAUUUUAAUAUUGUCCAAGAUGGUUUAUAUGAAUACGACUAUUUCUAUCUCCUGUACUGUCUUACACGAGUGCCCACAGUUAUUCUGUCACAUAACUAGAUAUAUAAAUAAAUACUUAUUAGUAGUCAUUCACGUAGAGUGACUUCUGUCUGUUCAAGGGUUUUAUGAAUUAUAUCGAAUUUUUAUUCCAAAAAUAUACGUACAUAUUUUAUCUAACUGUAUGUAUCAGUGUGAAG